AUGGCGGCCACUAGCAAUGGCAAGCAGCUUAGACGAAUAAUUCUUCUUUACUUGUUGAGAAGACUUAUCCAGAGAAGAAAGUAUUUCAAGAGCAAGUGGGUUAGAAAGUUAUUUGUUGAACGAAAAAUAAAAGGCGAAUUUUGGUUACUAAUUAAAGACAUGGAACUUUACGACCAUGAAUACUUUUUCAAGUCGUUCAGAAUGAGUCCUACUUCUUUGGAGCAACUUCUUUCAUGGAUAGGCCCUCGUAUUUUCAAGUCGUCGCAAAGACGAGAAGCAAUUAGUCCAAAGGAAAGGCUAUGUGUUACCUUACGUUAUCUUGUCACGGGUGAUGCACAAGUAACUAUCGCUGCAUCGUACAGAAUAGGUCCAGCAACUAUAAGUAAAAUAAUCAAGGAGACAACAAAAGCCAUUUGGGACGUUCUCGAUGAAAAGGGAUUUUUGCGUGUUCCUAGAACUGCAAUAGAGUGGAAGGCCAUUUCGAAGGACUUUAAAGAAAAGUGGAACUUCCCUAAUUGUAUUGGAGCUAUAGAUGGCAAGCAUGUUGUUGUCCAAGCACCGCCCAGGUCUGGGUCUGAUCUUUUCAAUUACAAGAAGACAUUCAGUAUUGUUUUAAUGGCAGUUUGUGAUGCCGAUUAUCAGUUUACCCUUGUGGACGUGGGAGACGCAGACAGACAAAGUGACGGGGGUGUUUAUAGCAACAGCAAGCUGGGUUUUGCAAUUGACAAUCAAUUACUUGGUUUUCCCUCAAGUGAAAAGCUGCCCUCCUCUGAAAUUAAAGUUCCUUCUGUCUUUGUGGCUGAUGAUGCAUUUCUACUAAAGAGCAACAUGAUGAAACCCUAUCCGGGCAAGCAGGGUGAUGUUACUAAGAGCAUCUUUAAUUAUCGGUUAUCAAGAGCUCGUCGAAUUAUGGAGAACACAUUUGGCAUUGCUACAUCAAGAUUCAAGGUCUUUAGAAGGCCAAUAAUUGCAAGCGAGUCAACUGCCAAUUCUAUCGCUAGAGCCGUGGUUGCUUUGCAUAAUUACCUGAUGGUAAUCAGGUCACACACCGAAAGCAGUUACAACUAUUGCCCACCUGGUUACAUUGAUGUUGAUGCUGGUGCCUCACUUAAACCUGGUAACUGGCGAAGGGAUAUAUACCCAAUCGACUGCUGGACUAAUUCCAAUUGGUCAGACUGGGUCCAACAACUACUCGCAAAGUGCAAGUGCAGUGCGAGAAAGAUACAGGGAGUACUUUAA